AUGGACUUGUCGACCGACAACCCGUUUGCAGACCUCAUGGCAAAGGCUGCAAAGCUUAAAAGUGCCCAACAGGCUCAGCUACGAACUCAGUUUGAUUCAUGGCCUCAGUAUUUCCAGCACUCGCUCUUCAUGCAGGAAUCGGUCGUUACUGCUCGCUCUAAACCUUAUCCGGAACGAAUAGCAGCCGCUGAGAACAUGAAAGCAUUAGGAAAUUCGUAUUUUAAGAAGCACGAGUUCAAAGAAGCUGUCGCAGAGUUCGAAAAGGCAUUGGCAGUGUUCAAGUAUUUGGAAGACAAAGAUCCCGGCUGGAAAAAGAAAGGGAUCGAGGAUGGUGAUAUGAUUCUCACCGAUUUCAAGUGUGACAACUCCAAUGAUCAAAAUCGACUCGAGUCAUUGAAAGUAGCGUGCUAUCUAAACAUCGCAGCGGCCAAGUUUAAACUAAAAGAGUACCCUAUAUGUAUAUGUGCAUGUGACGACACGCUUGAGAUCGAGCCAAAAAGCGUCAAAGCUCUGUACCGACGAGCGCUCGCUCUCAUCACACCAGCAUCCUCUGGUGCUACAGAGUUUGACCGAGCACUCUUGGAUCUUCGAAAGGCGUAUGCGAUUGACGAGGAAAACCAAGACGUCCGGAGGCUACUCCGAGAAUUGAUAAAGCAGCGUGCCAAGCAGCGAGUUAUAGAUAGAGAAACUUUCAGCGGUAUGUUCGACAGGGGCCAAGUCUACGACGAAAAGUCAGCGAAACAAGAUGCCGGGAUGGACGAAAGCACAUUGAAGCAGAAAUACCAGCGAGAGGUGGAUCAUGCUGAAGAUUUUGCACGAGGCUUUGAAGCAAAGGGACAGACGGAGUACGCUCAGGAGAUUAGAAAAAGUAUUGAUCGUUCUCAAAAGAUUCGCGACCGUCGACUCAAUUGCGUCGACUUCUAUAAUCCGACCCCUGAAAUGAUUGCAGACGCUGAGAAAAAUGGAAUCGAUCUGACUGACAGGAAGGUUCAGCAAAUGUUGCAUGAUCUUCAAGAAGAAGAGCGACACAAAAGGUCUUUUUCUGAUUUACGCUUCGAAACCGCACAAAAGCCUUCGAGUUCAGUCGAGUCUGUGGAGUCGAUACUUGAAUCCAUGACGAGCACUGAGAUCUCUCUGUUGCUCAAACGGGAAGGAAUCGACUAUGGAAAAAUCACAGAUCGCGAGCAUUUUAUUGAGACGGCCAGGCAGGUUUUUCAAGCAAAGCUUAAUAAAAGAAAACCAACCAAAAGUUCGCAUACCCGGACUAUUAUAUUUGUUGCUAUAGCUUGGACUCUGCUUCGUCUCUAUACAUCAGGAGGUCUCUCACUAUUCAGCCAAAUCACUAUGAAUGCAAUAUUCGGCAUUGGCCAAACUCGCGGCGUGACUCCAGCAGCUAAAGAUAUGGAUAUGUUUGACGAGGACUAG